GUGUGUGUGUGUGUGAAGAAAAGAAAGAGAGAGAGAGAGAGAGUGUGAGUGAAAAUAAGUGCAACUGGUAAACUAAAUUUGGCUGUGAAUGAACUGAAAGAGAAAGCAAGAAGGGCCUUUAAUGCCAUCAUAAAAUCUAUCCAAAUUGAAAUACCAAUUCAAAUCUGGCUCAAAAUAUUCCAAUCAGUCGUUGAACCUAUUGCAUUAUAUGGCAGUGAAGUGUAGAGAGGUUUGGAUGCUAUGCAAACUGGAGCGGAUCAAGUGUGUUGGGGAUGCUGGAUUUUAUGUUGUGCAUGACUAACCUCUCGAAGCACUUCAUCAUGACUGGAGUCAUUGCUACGGGAUGAUGUUGUUUAGAUAGGACACAGGUGAUUUCUGUGAACACCGUUUUUGGGAUCUCAGUACCUGCUGCAUCCGCCAUCUUGGAUCUAGAUUUGACAGACUGUCAUUUUUCCCCAGAACUCUUUUUGUGUCUCUUGAAAAACUAGUUUCACUUGUUUUCCCAGGGGGGAGUUUCAGAGAUUUUUCUCGAGAUGUAUAGUUUGUGGGCUCAUUAGUAAAACUGAAGAUCUUUUUCUGCUUGUUCUGCAGGAGGUAAUCCGUGAAGGAUGAUUGCAUCCGUGUAUCAGAACCGGAGGAUGAUGGCAUCUGUUUCAGGGCAGCUUCUGGCCGCUCUGGAUGAACUAGACGCAGAUAAACUGAAGAUGUUUAAAUGGUAUUUAAAGAAUUAUUAUGGCAUUUCAGCAGCUGAUCUGGAGAAGGUAGACACUUCUGACACAGUGGAUCUGAUGAUAAAGCAUUGUGGACCAGAAGAAGCUGUGAAGAUCACGGUGGACAUCCUGAGAAAGAUGAACCAGAACUAUCUGGCUGAAGAGUUAGAGAAGACACACAAGCGAGUCACAUUCACCAACAUUGAUCUCUGGACCAGGAACGACUUCCUACAGUAUUCCCAGCAGCUCACUCUGGAUCUGAACACAGUGAAUGAAUACCUCCAUCUGUCUGAGAACAACAGAGUGAUUACAUUCACUGACACAGAUCAGUCGCAUCCUGGUCAUCCGGACAGAUUUGAUCCUGUGCCUCAGGUGUUGUGUAGAGAGAGUGUGUGUGGACGCUGUUACUGGGAGAUGGAGUGGAGAGGAGGUGUGCGUAUAUCAGUGUCAUAUAAGAGCAUCAGCAGGAAAGGAGCAGGUUAUGAGUGUGUGUUUGGAUGUAAUGAUCAGUCCUGGAGUUUGAUCUGCUUUCCUGACAGUUUCUCAUUCACACACAAUAACAUACAGACGGAUGUCUCUGUGAAGCCCAUCCGCAGCAGAACAGGAGUGUAUGAUGAUGUUGUCAGGAGAAUAGGAGUGUUUGUGGAUCACAGAGCAGGAACUCUGUCCUUCUACAGCGUCUCUGACACAAUGAGUCUCAUCCACACAGUCCAGACCACAUUCACUCAGCCGCUCUAUCCUGGGUUUAGAGUUCAUUAUUAUGGAUCAUCAGUGAAACUCUAGAUUGAUGAGAGAUUCUACCCAUGAUGCUUUGAACUGCAUGAUGAAUCAGUGACAGUGGGAUGUUAUAGAGUCUCUUCAUCACAUUAACUCUUACUGACAUAACAGUAAGAAUAAAUGUGUAAGAAAUCCUCAUAGAGAUCAGUGUUUGUGUGUUGAAUCUCUCUCACAUCAAUCAUUUGUAUAUUGAUUAAGUUAUUUAAAGAUAUAUAAUCCAAUAAAUGGUGUUAACUUUAUUAAUGG